AUGGUGCAGAUCUGUUUUGAAAGCCUUCGCUUGUCGUUAAAUAUUCAUCUCAUGCUGCAUCCCAAUUCCAGAAACUGCUCACUUCACUGGGAUCUAAUCUGCUAAAACAACCCACACUCUGCUUCCCAUGGGCCUUCUCGAUCACUUGUGGGAUGACACCGUCGCCGGCCCUCAGCCGGAGAACGGCCUCGGCAAGCUCCGAAAGCGCCACACUUUCGCUUUUGGAUCUAGCUCCGGCAAGGAUGCGGGAAGCGUGAGAUCCAACGGUCAGGAUUUGCCGGAGGAUGCGGUGAAAGUGACACGAAGUAUCAUGAUAGUGAAGCCACCUGGGUACCAGAGUCAGAGUGGAUCGGCUCCGGCUUCCCCCGCCGGUUCAACACCUCCGGUGUCUCCGUUUUCCGGUGAGGACCUAGAUCAGAGUCCUUCCGGUUUCGAAGAAGGUCGACAUCAGAUGCGUACGAGAAGACAGGCCAGAAGAGAUCAAGCCCUUCUUCUCCUUUCGAUGUGUGAGAAAUGAGCCUAAUCACUUUCACCUCCAUGGAUGACUGAAAAUGAUUGUUUCCCUUUGGCCUUUUAUGUAUCCAGUUUUGUUUAGUUUCUGUGCAUAUAUAUAUAUAUAUAUAUAUAUAUACAUGAAUGUGGUUAUGAGUUGAUCAGUCGAGGUCGUGUGUGAGGUAGGUGUGUGGUUUAGCAUCUCGGUCUCAAUUAGUUGAGCUGCGAAAUGGUUUGUAAGUUGUGAAUAAGAAAAUGUAUGGGUAGUAGUAGGUGUAUCUUAUGUUUGUGUAUAUAAAGCCUUUCCAAAUGUUUGUCAGUGUUUUGCUUUCUCGCUGUAACAGCCCGCCUCGACAUUCUAUUUCUGGGUGAUUUCUUCGAAUUUUGAGUUUCAAGUUA